AUGAGGAGAGAUCCUAGCCACCGCCUGCCACUCACUCGUCCACAGAAGGGAGUUCUUACAAUGUGUGGCAACCUUCUUGUCAUAAUCUCUAUCAUUUACUUCAAACAGCUCCACACUCCUACAAACUACCUCAUCCUCUCUCUGGCUGUGGCUGACCUGCUUGUUGGUGUUGUAGUUUUGCCUUUUAGCACAAUACUGGCUGUAAGCUCAUGUUGGCAUCUUGAAGGUUUGCUCUAUAGAUAUUAUGCAGUGUGUCAGCCUCUGAGGUACAGAACUAAAAUGACUGUCCGUGUAAUUGUGAUCAUGAUCCUAGUGAGCUGGACUGUUUCUGCACUAAGUGGAAUUGGCCUCACAAUUAGGGGACUGAGCAAAAAACAAUCUAACAGGUGUGUUUUAUUUCAACAAAUAAGUGUAUCAAUUAUGGGAAUUGUUUUAACCUUCUACCUCCCAGGUAUCAUACUGUUGACCAUCUACCUACAGAUUUUGACAGUGGCACACAGACAGGUACGUAACAUCCAGAACACAAUCUGUCAGAACACAAAGUCUGGAGCAACCAUCAGUAAGAUGGAGAGAAAGGCCACCAAAACUCUGGCUAUUGUUAUGGGAGUUUUUCUCAUCUGUUGGAAUCCUUUCUUUCUUUGUAUCACCUUUUACCCUUUGAGUAAUUACACAAUACCAGUUUCUGUGAUUGAAACUUUUAAAUGGCUUGGAUGGUCAAAUUCAAUGCUCAAUCCAUUUGUCUAUGGUUUCUUUUACACCUGGUUUCGAGCGUCUGUCAAAAUGAUACUUUCUGGGAAAAUAUUUCAGGGUGGUUUAACUAAUUCAAAGCUCCUUUGA